ACACAUGGGCUCAAUAGUGGCUUGUGGGCUCUAGAGUGCAGGCUCAGUAGUUGUGGCGCAUGGGCUUAGUUGCUCCGCAGCAUGUGGGGUCUUCCCAGGCAUGUGGUAUCUUCCCAGACCAGGGGUCAAACCUGUGUCCCCUGCAUUGGCAGGUGGAUUCUCAACCACUGUGCCACCAGGGAUGUCCGCAGUACAAUGUUCUUGUGAGACCUUUCAUAAGCUGAAAUGGAGUAAAAGCAAAGAAGCAGUUCCCUUAGGACACAUCUUGCUAACAGAUGCACAAAGUAAAACUAGAUAAAGCACAGAUGCUCACAGACACAGGUUAAACCUAUGGCGGCUUGCGGAUGCUGAGUGUAAUUCCUGUGGCAGGAGCUUGGCGGUGCCACUCUGGCCACUUGGGGUGCUUCUGGCUGCCUCUCAGUAGUCUUUAAAAUUUGCUUCUGUUUACCUCUUCACUCUAAUUCUACAACCUUACCUCAACAUACACUUCCUUUCUGUGAUUGCAAAGAACAUUUCUAACAGAGCUAUAUGUGCUGUCACUCCCUUGCUUUUGAAAUUACAGUUUCUUUCUUCCAGGAAUGGUUUUCCUAAUACUCCAGUGGUCUUUUUAUUUUUUUUUCUUGAAAUCCCAACCCCAAAUUAUUUCAUGAAUUUUUAUUGUUUUUGUAUGUCCUCCUAUUAAUUCUGUUUACACAUUAUAUUGAAAUUAUGUUUAUAUUUUGGCCUCCUCUGCUCCAUAGAAGCAUGAACCUUAAGGGUCCGUGUGUUAAAUAAAAUUCAUGAGGCAGUCUCAUAUGUCACUAAUAGUGAUGUAGCUGUUACAGCCUUAAAAGUUUAAACUGUACUUUUCAGCCGUACAGUUUCUUUUCUGGGAAUUUUUCCUGGAGAAAUAAGCAGAAAUGUAACCAAAAUUCAUUAGCAAGAAUGGACAUUUGCAAUUUAAUUUAUAAUAGGAGAAAAUUAUACAUAAUCUAAACAUCUAACAACAGGGGACUACUUAAGUAUGAACAGGCUGAUAAACUCUUAACAAGGAUGACGAAGAAUAGUUGAUAUUGUGUUCACAACAUAACGUGUGUGAAAAGCAAAUUACAGAGCAGUGCAGUGGGAUCCAGUCUUGUGAUCCAAAUUGGUGCAUAGAGAAAGUUCUGAAAGAAUAUAAUCCAGAACAAUAGCAGUGAUUAUUCUCUGGUUUUGUUUGUGUUUUCUGGUUUUACAGAUUUUCCAUUGUGUACUAAAAAUAAAUGUUAUUUCUAAAAAGCAGGCGAUUUGUAGAAAGCAGAAGCCUAAGUUCUGUAUAAUAAAAACUUACUCAAAUGUAUCCAAAUAUUUUGAUUAACAGAAUGAACAAUUAUCAGAUAAAGUAUAUACAGUAAAGCCACAUAGAAUUUGUUGAGCCUUUUAUCUCAGGUGUAUUAGGAUUAAGACCAUGAUUACUUGUUGGCUGUACAGAACAUAGGAAAGGGUGCUAGUUACAGAAAGAUAAUGAUUAACAUUUGAAUCUAUAUAGCAGGCACUGUUUAAAAACCUGAUCAGGUUCUUACAAGUCUAUAAGAUAGGAACUGUUGUUACCCCUAUUUUACAGGUUAAGAAACUGAGACAUAGAAGUGAGGUAACUUGUUCAAGGUCACACAGAAGUAACCAGGAUGCCCAUUGUUAGGAUGGUGGAUGAAAGAGUUAUUGUAAUUAGGUGGAGGAGAAACUGUGAGUAAAGACCAAAGGAAUUUCAUGUUUUUGACGUCAGCAGUGGUCUGGGUAACAUGAGUAUCAGUGUCCCUAGAGCCUUGGGCUGGGGCUUCUGUCAAAGGAUGCACUGCCCAGAGUCUAGAACUUUGCAUUCAGGGAAAUUUCUUCAUUACUGGGAGCUAACUAGGGUCUGGAAAACCUGAUUGUUGCUCUGGGUUAACUUUAACAAUGAUUUCUUGAGGUCUUAUAGAUGAUGUUCUCCAAGCUCUAAGGAAGAAGUCAAGCAAGGGUUGAGGGGCCCUGGAGAGGAGCCUUUCUUAAAUGACAACCAUGACAAGAGAGAAUUGGGCCCACAGUGCUCUGAGACAAGAGGGCCUUGUUAAAGGGAAGGAUGAUACCUGGAAGUGGGGAACCAGCUUCCAAGGAAGCAGCUCCUCUGUUUGGGAGACCUCCCACCUGCAUUUUAGACAGUUACGUUAUCAUGAGACAUCUGGACCCCAGGAGGCACUGAGCCGGCUCCGGGAGCUCUGUCGCCGGUGGCUGAGGCCGGAAGCACGCACCAAGGCACAGAUCCUUGAGCUGCUGGUGUUGGAGCAGUUCCUGAGCAUCCUGCCUGGAGAGAUACGGACCUGGGUACAGAUCCAUCGCCCUGGGAGUGGUGAGGAGGCCGUGGCCCUGGUAGAGGAGCUGCAGAAAGACCUCGAUGGACCAGCACUGAAAGUUCCAGUCUUUGUCCAGGACCAGGACACUCUCCAGGAGGGUCUGAGCACUCCAGGAAUAGCACUUCCUCAUGCACCCGCUGGCAGCCACGUAUCAGCUGAAAUUCGCUCAAAUCCUCUCACUGACCCAGUGGUGUUCAACUUGCUCCAGGAUCCUCAACAUGAUUCUCUUGCCCCUGAAGCUUCUGCCCUUUCCCAGGAAGAGAACCCAAGAAAUCAAUUAAUGGCUCUCAUGCUCCUGACAGCCCAGCCCCAGGAAUUGGUGAUGUUUGAGGAGGUAUCAGUAUGCUUCACUUCAGAGGAAUGGGCAUGUCUGGGCCCAAUUCAGAGGGCCUUGUACUGGGAUGUAAUGCUGGAGAAUUAUGGAAAUGUGACUUCUUUAGAAUGGGAGACCAUGACUGAGAAUGAGGAGGUGACGUCAAAGUCAAGCAUAUCUCAAAGAGCAGAUUCUCAGAAAGGGACAUCAAAAAGACUUCAAGGAGGUGUUCCCCAGGUUCUUAACUUUGAGGAAGAGUGUGAAUGGCAAGUUUUAGCAAGUCAGUGGGGAAAUGAAACAAGGGAAAGAGAUACACUGAAGAAAGGUUCCCUGUGUGAACGAGACAAGAAGAAAAGGACUCCACCAGAAAAACGAGGCCGAAAGUGGAAGGAAUUUGGAGAAAGCUUGACUUCAGAUUCAGCUUUUUCUGAAAGUUUAAUAGGUACUGAAGGAAAGAAGCUUUAUAAAUGUGAUAUAUGUUUUAAACAUUUCAAUAAAAUCUCUCAUCUUAUAAACCAUCGGAGGAUCCACACUGGGGAGAAACCUCAUAAAUGUAAGGAGUGUGGAAAAGGCUUUAUUCAGCGCUCAAGCCUUCUAAUGCAUUUACGGAACCAUUCUGGGGAGAAACCUUAUAAAUGUAAUGAAUGUGGGAAAGCUUUCUCUCAAAGUGCUUACCUUCUAAACCACCAGAGAAUCCACACUGGGGAGAAACCUUAUAAAUGUAAGGAGUGUGGAAAGGGCUUUUAUAGGCACUCAGGCCUUAUUAUACAUCUAAGGCGCCAUUCUGGGGAGAGACCUUAUAAAUGUAAUGAGUGUGGCAAAGUUUUCUCUCAAAAUGCUUACCUCAUUGACCACCAGAGGCUCCACAAAGGAGAAGAACCUUAUAAAUGUAACAAGUGUCAGAAGGCUUUCAUUCUGAAGAAGAGCCUCAUUCUGCACCAGAGAAUCCACUCUGGGGAAAAACCCUAUAAAUGUGAGGAAUGUGGAAAAACCUUUGCCCAGACCACUUACCUUGUUGACCAUCAACGGCUCCACAGUACAGAGAACCCAUAUAAAUGUAAAGAAUGUGGAAAAGUGUUCAUUCGAAGCAAAAGCCUCCUCUUACACCAGAGAGUUCACACCGAAAAGAAGACCUUUGGUUGUAAAAAAUGUGGAAAGAUUUUCACUUCUAAGUCAAGCCUCAUUGACCAUAAGAGGAUGCAUAGCAGAGAGAAGCCUUAUAAAUGCACUGAAUGUGGGAAAGCCUUCACUCAGAGUGCUUACCUUUUUGACCAUCAGAGACUCCACAAUGGGGAGAAGCCCUAUGAAUGUAAUGAAUGUGGGAAAGUGUUCAUUCUGAAAAAGAGCCUCAUUUUACAUCAGAGGUUCCACACUGGAGAGAAUCUCUAUGAAUGUAAAGACUGUGGCAAGGUCUUUGGUUCUAACAGAAACCUCAUUGACCAUGAGAGACUCCACAACGGGGAAAAGCCUUAUGAAUGUCGAGAGUGCGGAAAAACCUUCAUUAUGAGCAAAAGUUUCAUGGUCCAUCAGAAGCUCCAUACCCAGGAGAAAGCCUACAAAUGUGAGGAUUGUGGGAAGGCUUUCAGUUACAAUUCAAGCCUGCUCGUACACCGGAGAAUACACACUGGGGAAAAGCCCUUUGAAUGCAGUGAGUGUGGUAGAGCUUUCAGUUCUAACAGAAACCUCAUUGAACAUAAGAGAAUCCACAGUGGUGAGAAACCCUAUGAGUGUAAUGAAUGUGGCAAAUGCUUCAUUCUGAAGAAAAGCCUCAUUGGCCACCAGAGGAUUCACACAAGGGAAAAAUCUUAUAAAUGUAAUGACUGUGGGAAAGUCUUCAGUUACCGCUCAAACCUUAUAGCCCAUCAGAGGAUCCACACUGGUGAGAAGCCCUAUGCAUGUAAUGAGUGUGGGAAGGGCUUUACUUACAACAGAAAUCUUAUUGAACAUCAAAGAAUUCACAGUGGGGAAAAAACCUAUGAAUGUCAUAUAUGUAGAAAAGUCCUUACCUCUAGUAGAAAUCUUAUGGUACAUCAAAGAAUCCAUACUGGAGAGAAACCUUAUAAAUGUAAUGAGUGUGGAAAAGACUUUAGUCAGAAUAAAAACCUUGUUGUACAUCAGAGAAUGCACACUGGGGAAAAACCAUAUGAGUGUGAGAAGUGUAGAAAAUCUUUUACUUCUAAGAGGAAUUUAGUUGGUCACCAGAGAAUCCACACAGGGGAGAAACCAUAUGGGUGUAAUGAUUGUAGUAAAGUUUUUAGGCAAAGAAAAAACCUUACUGUACAUCAAAAAAUUCAUACAGAUGAAAAAAACUGUGACUGUGAUGAGUCUGAAAAAGAAUUCUCUCAGACUUCAAACCUUCAUCUUCAACAAAAAAUCCAUUCUAUGGAGGACUUCUCUUGGCUCCAAAAUGCAAAUGAAUCCAGGAUAGAGAUUCAGAAAAUCUAGUAUCAUAUGUGAAAUAGAAUAGAAUCCCCUGCCUACUUAAGUAACUUGGAUAAAUGGCAGCAUAUGGUUUUUAUAAGGAAAAAAAAUCAUAAUUGACCCUUUUAUAGACAAGUAUGUUGCAUGAGGAAGACAGUUUAUCUAGACUUGCAAGACUACAAAAACAUAAGCAAAUUCUAGUUAAAAUAAGCUCUGUUCCAAACCGUUUGUUAUGAUCCUAGAAAAGGACCUUGGAGCAAUUGAAGAUUCUGAAGAAAUUGGGUUAUGUUUUAUAAGAUGUAAUGAUGUUAUUGUAAAUGAUAGCAAAAACACCUUGAUAUUAAAAAGUGUACGUUUUUGAGAAGAUAUAUAUGUAUUGUACAUUUUAAAGAUAGUAUCAUUGCUAGGCGAAGUCUGUACAGACAGUAUGAUUAAGACGUAUCAAACAUGGAGUUGGGUGGGCAAGAGUCUGCUGUUUGAGGACAAGUUAAGUAACACUGGAUUUGGAAACAGAAAACCUAGUUUUGGGUCCUGGCUGUUUCUCUUAAUAGCUCUGUGAUGUUAAGUCAGCCUCUAAGUCUCAGUUUCUCUGUCAGUCAAAUAUUGGCAUAAUACCUACCUCAGAGGGUUGUUGUGAGCAUUCAGUAAAAGGAUCACGUGAAAGUACUUUAUGAAAUAAUUUAGUUGUCAAUAAAGUUGGAUAAAAGAGGUAUGGUCAAAAUCUAGAACAUGGCAUAACAAUGUUUGUUCAUUAAUAUUAGGACUUCAUGAAACUCAAAAGAUUCAUUUUUAUAGUAAGAAGAAGUAUGAUGGAUAGCUAACUUUGGAAUUUAGUACUCUAAAAAGACUUUUUUAAAACAGACUUUUUAAUGUUUAAGGGAGAUAAUAGAUAAUAUACCUAGUUUGUUUUUGUGGAAAAAAUACUGGCUUAUUAAAUAGUAUGUCCAGUCAUUAAUAUGAUGCCCAAAAAAAACAAUUUGUUUUUCAGCCUUUGAAUUUUAAACCUAGCAGAUGUAGAGUGUCAAAAUGGAAAGACAGUCCUAUGUUGCUUUCCUUGUUGACAGGGAAAAAUCCUUAACCCCAACCCCUGAGCUGAUCAUCCCUGCUGCUGUCAUUCUGAAUUCCAAUCAACAUUUCAUCAUUGCUGACAUACAAAUAGCUUGUCACUCAAGAAGCAACAUUGUCUCAGCACUCAACUUACCACAUAAGUUUUUUUACAGAGAGCCAAGCCCUUCAAAGCUCUCAUUAAACCAAUUCAGAAUCCAGCUCUGAGUGGUCAGGCCUAUUUACUCCCAGUGAACCAAUCAUUCAUUCCAUCUGUACCCUUUUGUACAUUUGUAAAUUUAAUUCUUCAUGUAUUUUUGAUUUGAUAAUUUUAUGUUGUAAUUCUCAGAACUCCAAUUCUGUCACUGGAGUAUAAAUACCUUGAUAUUAGGAUUGUGUUUUCUGAUACUAGCAGCGUUGAAGUUGUGUGUUGAUUAUAAUAAGUGUUAUUAAUUCAACCCCAAAGUUCCUUGAGGGCUGGUUCCUUGUUAGACUGAAAGGACCAAGAGUGAAAAACUGGAAGGGGCCCAGGUUAAAAGUCUGAAGACCCCAUGAGUCAGAUUCUGCCACUCUUCCUUGGACAAAUGGCUUCAUUUCUUGGAGCCUUGAUUUCCUUAUCUGUUAAACAGAAGGGAUAAUGUCUACCUCACCAAGUGUUAUGAGGUGAUGUAUAUGAAGAUGCUUUAUGUCCAUACUGAAGAAGAAUCACCCCAGAUUAUGUAAUAGUUACACAGGGAGAGAUAUAUUUUAACAAUGGAGAGAGCUGGCAUUUUACCUCUUCAUCAGUUUAACAAGAUGUAACAUUGCUAAGACUGAAACAGCUCACAUGAUGUGCCUCCGCAUGUAAUGCAAUAAAGCCCAAAGUAUAACCUGAAUUUAUCAAGCUUCUUAGACCUGAUUGCCAGUUUACAGGAAAUACAGGAGGCAGAAGAACAAGAUGAAAGACACCAUGAGAAACAAGUUCAAAACAUGGGACACUGUGUAAGAAAACUGUACUGGGGGAAUCAGCUGGAGGUCCAGUGGUUAGGACUCCAUGCUUUCACUGCUGAGGGCAUAGGUUUGAUCUCCUGUCGGGGAGCUAAGAUCCCACAAGCUGAGGGCGUGGCCAAAAAAAAAAAAAAAAAACCCACUGCAUUGGAUUCUUCAAAAAGAUAUGAUGAAAAAGGGAGGGGGGUGAUAAUUUUUGAUGCUGAAUGUUAUUGUAUUGCUUUUUUAUAUAUAUCAAAUUUUGCAUAAUGAAAGGUAUAAAAAGUGGAGGGGAGGGGAGGGUUGUUUUUAGAAGAUACUGAAGAGCCGUAAGAUGCUGCACCAGGAAUAGACUCACAGAUGCCCAAUUGAUUUUUGACAGAUGCAAAAGCAAUUCACUAGAGGAGGGAUAGCCUUUCAACAAAUGCUGCUGCAGCGAUUAGAUAGUCAUAGGCAAAAAAUAAAAAUUACAUCAGGAGCUAAGGCUAGGCAAAGAAUUCUUAGACAUAUCAGAAGCGUGCUCCAUAAAAGGAAAAAAAUGAUAAAUGAAACCUCAUCAAAAUUAAAAUAAUUUUCUCCCCAAAAGACGAAAAGGCAUUACAGACUGGGAGAAAAUAUUUGCAAAUCAUAUAUCCAACAUAGGAUUUGUAUCUAGACUAAAGAAUUCUCAAAACUCAGCAGUAAUAAAUAGAUCCAAUUAGAAAAUGGGCAAAAGACAUGAAGAGAUAUUUUACCAAAGUAUAGAUGGCAAAUGAAAAGAUGUUCAACAUCAUUAGCCAUUAGGGAAAUGCAAAUUAAAAAUCUGCACAGCCAUCAGAAUAGCUUUUUUUUAAAAAGUUUUUAACACCAAAUGCUGUAAAGGAUGCAAAAGAACUUAAUCUUUUAUAUUGCCAGGAAUGAGAAUGGAGUAAUUUGGCAGUUUUUUAUAAAACCAAACAUGCACUUGCCAUAUGACCAAGUAUUUGCACUCCUGAGCAUUCAUCUCAGAGAAAUGAAAACUUGUGUUCGCAAAAAAAAACAAACCUGUGCGUGACUUUUAAAAGCAAUUUUAUUUGUAAGAGUCAAAAUCUAACUAACCCAAAUAUCUUUCAACAGGCAGUUAAAAUAAACUGUAGUUUAUUAUACCGUGGAAUACUUAUUACUCUGCAAUAAAAUGGAAUGACCUAUUUAUACCUGCAGUGAUUCAAGUGUAUUCCAAGAGAAUUACACCUAGUGAAAAAAUCCAGUCUCAAAAGAUCAUAUACUGUAUGGUCACAUCUAUAUAAUAUUCUAAAAUGACAAAAGUAUACAGAUGAAAAACAGGUUAGUGUUUGCCAGAGGUUGGGGAUAGUGGGAGGGAAAAGGGGAACAAAGAGGGGUAGCACUUAGGGAGGUCUUGAUGGUGUUGGAAAAGUUGUGUUUCUUGAUUGUUGAUGGUGGUAACAAAUCUACAUGUGAUAAAAUGGCAAGGAAGUGUACACACACAUUGUACUAAUAUAAAUUCCCUGAUUUUUUAUAUUAGACUAUAAUUGUGUAAGAUGUACCUAUUGGGGGAAACUAGUUGAAGAGUAUUAUCUUUGCAACGUCCUGUGAAUCUGUAAAUUCAAAAUAAAAAGCAAAUCAAAACUAAAGAGCCAUACCAAAUGCAGUGUGUGAAACUGAUUUGGAAAAACAAAAUUAUGAAAUAUAUAUUUUAGAACAGUUGGCAAUUUGAAAAUGACUGGAUAUUAGAUGAUAGGGAAUUAUUGUUAAUUUCCCUACUGUAAUGAUAGUAUUGUUAGUUUCGAGAUUAUUCUUAUUAUUGAAGGAUGCAUAUUGAAGCAUUUGGAAUGAAGUAUUUUGAUGAUUACAACUUUAAAAACUGUUUUCACUAUACGGAGAGAUAAGGCAAAUGUAGCAAUGCGGUAACUGUUGAGUACAGAAGGAGGAUACAGGCAUUCAUUGUACCAUUCUCUGUAUCGCUCAAUAUUUCCAAAAUAAAACGUUU